UGGGUUAUCCCCCUCCUCCUCAGUACCCGCUCUCCACCUUCCUUCUCCUGUUUGGGCUAAUCUUUAAAAGUGAUGUAACUUAAAACAGUCCAGUGUGAGUUCAUCUUUGGGGCCAGCUAGUAUCCUGGGAGUAGAGGUGACUAAGAUCUUUUGCCUACAGAUUAGCGUGAUGACAAGAUCAAAGGCUGGGGUUUCCUGCACCAGGUACGGGGAGCGGUGUCAGAGCUGGCUAACGGAACGGGUUUUCCCCUCUCCAGGUGUUGUGGAGCACCAUGUCUGAGCAGCUCCUUCCUCAGGCUCUGUAUCUGAGCAAUAUGCGGAAAGCUGUGAAGAUCAGAGAGAGGACUCCAGACGAUAUUUUCAAACCUACUAAUGGAAUCAUUCAUCAUUUUAAGUCCAUGCACCGAUACACCCUGGAAAUGUUCAGAACUUGCCAGUUUUGUCCACAAUUUCGGGAGAUCAUCCACAAAGCGCUCAUCGACAGAAACAUCCAGGCCUCCCUGGAAAGCCAGAAGAAGCUCAACUGGUGUCGAGAAGUCAGGAAGCUUGUGGCGCUGAAAACAAACGGUGAUGGAAACUGCCUCAUGCACGCUGCCUCUCAGUACAUGUGGGGUGUUCAGGACACAGACCUGGUCCUGAGGAAGGCGCUCUUCAGCACCCUCAAGGAGACGGACACGCGCAACUUCAAAUUCCGCUGGCAGCUGGAGUCCCUGAAAUCUCAGGAAUUUGUGGAAACGGGGCUUUGCUAUGACACGCGGAACUGGACCGAUGAGUGGGACGGCCUCGUCAGAAUGGCAUCCGCAGACACCCCGGGGGCCCGCAGUGGCCUUCAGUACAGCUCCCUGGAAGAGAUACACAUAUUUGUCCUCUGCAACAUCCUCAGAAGGCCCAUCAUUGUCAUUUCAGACAAAAUGCUGAGAAGUCUGGAGUCAGGUUCCAAUUUUGCUCCUUUGAAGGUGGGCGGGAUUUACUUGCCCCUCCACUGGCCGGCCCAGGAAUGCUACCGAUACCCCAUCGUCCUCGGCUACGACAGCCACCACUUCGUACCCCUGGUCACCCUGAAGGACAGCGGGCCUGAAAUCCGAGCUGUUCCACUUGUUAACAGAGAGCGAGGAAGAUUUGAAGACUUAAAAGUUCACUUCUUGACGGAUCCUGAAAAUGAGAUGAAGGAAAAGCUCUUGAAAGAAUAUCUGAUGGUGAUAGAAAUCCCGGUGCAGGGCUGGGACCACGGCACCACCCACCUGAUUAAUGCUGCCAAGCUGGAUGAAGCUAACUUACCAAAAGAAAUCAAUCUGGUGGAUGAUUACUUUGAACUGGUCCAGCACGAGUACAAGAAGUGGCAGGAGAGCAGCGAGCUUGGGCGGAGAGAGACUCGCGCCCAGAACCCUCUGGAGCCGUCCCUUCCCCAGCUUUCUCUCAUGGACGUCAAAUGCGAGACGCCCAACUGCCCCUUCUUCAUGUCCGUGAACACCCAGCCCUUGUGCCACGAGUGCGCAGAGCGGCGGCAGAGGAGCCAGAACAAAUCCCCGAAGCUGAGCUCCAAGCCGGGCCCCGAGGCGCUCCCCGGUGUGGCGCUCGGGCCCUCUCGCGGGGAGGCCUGUGAGCCCCCAGCCUGGAGCCCCGAGGAGCCAGCUGGGGGUCCCCACUCAGCCCCGCCCACGGCACCCAGCCUGUUCCUGUUCAGUGAGACCACCGCAAUGAAGUGCAGGAGCCCCGGCUGCCCCUUCACUCUGAACGUGCAGCAUAACGGGCUCUGUGAGCGUUGCCACAACGCGCGGCAGCUCAGCGUGGGCCGCCCCUCGGACGGCACAAGGCACGUGGACCCCGGCCGGUGCCGUGCCUGCCUCCAGGACGUCACCAGGACGUUUAACGGGAUCUGCAGCACCUGCUUCAAAAGGACUACGGCAGAGCCGCCCUCGGACCUGGGUGCCAGCGUCCCUCCCUCUUGUCACCAGCGGUCCAAGUCGGACCCCUCGCAGCUCAUCCAGAGUCUCUCCCCGCACUCUUGCCGCAGGGCUGGGAACGAGGCCCCCUCUGGCUGCCUAUCUCAGGCUGCCCGGCCCCAGGGGGACAGGACGGCGACGAGCAAGUGCAGGAAGGCUGGCUGCGUGUACUUUGGGACUCCAGAAAAUAAGGGCUUUUGCACGCUGUGCUUUAUCGAGUACAAAGAAAACAAACGUUUUGUCGCCGCCUCAGGGAGAGCCAGCCCCACAGCCUCCAGGUUCCAGAACGCCGUCCCCUGCCUGGGGAGGGAGUGUGGCACCCUCGGAAGCACCGUAUUUGAGGGAUACUGUCAGAAGUGCUUCAUUGAAGCUCAGAAUCAGAGAUUUCACGAAGCCAAGAGGACUGAGGAGCAGCUGGUGAGACACUCGGAGAGGUCGAGCCAGCGCAGAGACGGGCCUCGGGCCCCCCAGAGCAACGCCAGGCCCAAGUGCGCCCGGGCCUCCUGCAAAAACAUCCUGGCCUGCCGCGGCGAGGAGCUGUGCAUGGAGUGCCAGCACCUUGGCCAGCAUGCGCUGGGCGCCCACCGAGCGGAGCCCGCUCCCGAGGAGCCCGCCACACAGCGCUGCCGGGCCCCCGCCUGCGACCACUUCGGCAACGCCAAGUGUAAUGGCUACUGCAACGAGUGCUUUCAGUUCAAACAGAUGUACGGCUGACCGGCACGGGUGGGCCAGCCGGCCGA